AUGUCCUCACUCUCUGCUGCACUAAGGAAGGCUCUGGAGCUUACGGCCAAGAUGUUUAUGCAGAUACAACACACGCGCUGCUGGAUGAACUCGCCGUUGGCUGACAUCAAUGGAUUCCUCCACAAUCGCGUGCUGGAUGUGCCAUUCACAUCCUUGUGGC